GUACGGGCAAGUCCUGGGUGUGGCGAUGCCAACAAGGAACUCAGAUGUCCGUUUUCCCGCUUCUGGUAAACCUUCCUAGCCCUUGACCCGCUAGUGACCGGCCCUCGAGACCCGCCUUCCGGGAUCCCGGGGGUCGCUGGCUGACCCACCCGCCCCCAUUGCAAAUCGCUGGAGCGCAGGGACGAGUGCGCUUCUCCCCUAUUCGUUCCGCGCCUGGAGGCGGAUCCCCUUCCCUGCACACAAGUCCUUAUAUGCACCGGUUGCACCAGCCCGCGUUACUCCAGCCCCACAAAUAAUUAAUGGAGGAGGGAGGCCGUCACUCUUUUUUUUUUUUUUUUUUUCCUUCUGGAUUUUUUCAGCGCUAGAGCAUUUGAACCGAACCGACCCCCCCCCCCCCCAUGCGAUUGACGGCCAUUGUGCUGCAGUGCACGAAUUGGACACACAAAAUAAAGCCCCUUUGCCCCUACGAUAAGCACGGCAGGGUCCAGCAACAGCUUUUCAGAUCCAUCCAGAUUAGCCUGCAAAAGCUUGGGCGGAAAGGGUGCGCGCCCUUCCCCCAACCACGCUGGUGCAGAGGGACCGGGUCAGGAAGCGCGGCCUCUCCCCAGUCGGAGACCACGCCUCCUCCGCCUUCCACCCCCCCCCCCCCUUUACUCCUCCCAGGAAGCGGUGAUAGACAGUUCUGUGUGGUUCUCCACCCCCACCCCCCAGCAGAGUGGAGGAGUUGAUGUGUCUCAUUAUAACAGCCAAUGCAGCCGCCAUCCACGCACAAGCAAAGAAGCAUGUCCCAUUUAAAUACACCCACGCAGCCCCAGCGCCCUUAGCCGAGCAGGGCGCGCAGCCCACACGCACCGCGGCUCCGGGCUUGGAGAUCAGCGCAGGUUGGGCUCCCUGACCCGGAGGACCGACGCGCGGGGGAUCGGGAUCGGGUGCUGUGGGGCCGGGGUGGGCUGGGGAGGCUGGGCCCGGGGCCUCUGGCGCGACACCCGCAUGAGGACGCGAGUAAAAUAGACCAAGGUGGAAUUUCCAAGGGAGAAGCUUCAGGGUGGUUUUGGACCAUUUCUCCCGCGAAGAAGUAGACAUGGCGAGCGACUCCCCGGCUCGUAGCCUGGAUGAAAUCGAUCUCUCGGCUCUGAGGGACCCUGCAGGGAUUUUUGAAUUAGUGGAACUUGUUGGAAAUGGAACAUAUGGACAAGUUUAUAAGGGUCGUCAUGUUAAAACGGGCCAGCUUGCAGCCAUUAAGGUUAUGGAUGUCACAGGGGAUGAAGAGGAAGAAAUCAAACAAGAAAUUAACAUGUUGAAGAAGUAUUCUCAUCACCGGAAUAUUGCUACAUACUAUGGUGCUUUUAUCAAAAAGAACCCACCAGGCAUGGAUGACCAACUUUGGUUGGUGAUGGAGUUUUGUGGUGCUGGCUCUGUCACUGACCUGAUCAAGAACACAAAAGGUAACACGUUGAAGGAAGAGUGGAUCGCGUACAUCUGCAGGGAGAUCUUACGAGGGCUGAGUCAUCUGCACCAGCAUAAAGUGAUUCAUCGAGAUAUUAAAGGGCAGAAUGUCUUGCUGACUGAGAACGCAGAAGUUAAACUAGUGGACUUUGGAGUCAGUGCCCAGCUUGAUCGAACAGUGGGCAGGAGAAAUACCUUCAUUGGGACCCCUUAUUGGAUGGCGCCAGAAGUUAUUGCCUGUGAUGAAAACCCAGAUGCCACAUAUGAUUUCAAGAGUGACUUGUGGUCUUUGGGAAUCACCGCUAUCGAGAUGGCAGAAGGCGCUCCCCCUCUCUGUGACAUGCACCCCAUGAGAGCCCUCUUCCUCAUUCCCCGGAACCCAGCACCUCGCCUGAAGUCUAAGAAGUGGUCAAAAAAAUUCCAGUCAUUUAUUGAGAGCUGCUUGGUAAAGAAUCACAGCCAGCGACCAGCAACAGAACAAUUGAUGAAGCAUCCAUUUAUACGAGACCAACCUAAUGAACGACAGGUCCGCAUUCAACUCAAGGACCAUAUUGACAGAACAAAGAAAAAGCGAGGAGAAAAAGAUGAGACAGAGUAUGAGUACAGCGGAAGUGAGGAAGAAGAGGAGGAGAAUGACUCAGGAGAGCCCAGCUCCAUUCUGAACCUGCCAGGGGAGUCCACACUGCGGCGGGACUUCCUGAGGCUCCAGCUGGCCAACAAGGAGCGUUCGGAGGCCCUGCGGCGGCAGCAGCUGGAACAGCAGCAGCGGGAGAACGAGGAACACAAGAGGCAGCUGCUGGCCGAGCGCCAGAAGCGCAUAGAGGAGCAGAAGGAGCAGCGGCGGCGGCUGGAGGAGCAACAACGGCGAGAGAAGGAGCUGCGGAAGCAGCAGGAGAGAGAGCAGCGCCGGCACUACGAGGAGCAGAUGCGCCGGGAGGAGGAGAGGCGGCGCGCGGAGCACGAGCAGGAGUACAUCAGGCGACAGUUAGAGGAGGAGCAGAGACAGUUAGAGAUCUUGCAACAGCAGCUACUGCAUGAACAAGCUCUACUUCUGGAAUAUAAGCGCAAACAGUUGGAAGAACAGAGACAAGCAGAAAGACUACAGAGACAGCUGAAGCAAGAGAGAGACUAUUUGGUGUCUCUUCAGCACCAGCGGCAGGAGCAGAGGCCUGUGGAGAAGAAGCCACUGUACCAUUACAAAGAAGGGAUGAGUCCUAGUGAGAAACCAGCAUGGGCCAAGGAGGUAGAAGAGCGGUCAAGGCUCAACCGGCAGAGUUCACCUGCCAUGCCUCACAAGGUUGCCAACAGAAUAUCUGACCCCAACCUGCCUCCAAGGUCGGAGUCCUUCAGUAUCAGUGGGGUUCAGCCUGCUCGGACACCUCCCAUGCUCAGACCAGUCGAUCCCCAGAUUCCUCAUCUUGUAGCUGUGAAAUCCCAGGGACCUGCCUUGACCGCCUCCCAGUCAGUGCAUGAGCAGCCCACGAAGGGCCUCUCUGGGUUUCAGGAGGCUCUGAAUGUGACCUCUCACCGUGUUGAGAUGCCACGCCAGAACUCGGAUCCCACCUCUGAAAACCCUCCUCUCCCCACCCGCAUUGAGAAGUUUGACCGAAGCUCUUGGUUACGACAGGAAGAAGACAUUCCACCAAAGGUGCCUCAAAGAACAACUUCUAUAUCCCCAGCAUUAGCCAGAAAGAAUUCUCCUGGAAAUGGUAGUGCUCUGGGACCCAGACUGGGAUCUCAACCCAUCAGAGCAAGCAACCCUGACCUCCGGAGAACGGAGCCUGUCUUGGAGAGCCCCUUGCAGAGGACCAGCAGCGGCAGUUCCUCCAGCUCCAGCACCCCCAGCUCCCAGCCCAGCUCCCAAGGAGGCUCUCAGCCUGGAUCGCAAGCGGGAUCCAGCGAGCGAACCAGAGUUCGAGCCAACAGUAAGUCGGAAGGAUCACCUGUGCUCCCCCAUGAGCCUUCCAAGGUGAAGCCAGAAGAAUCCAGGGACAUUACCCGACCUAGUCGACCAGCUAGCUAUAAGAAAGCUAUAGAUGAGGGAGAAAUGGAUCUGACGGCAUUAGCCAAAGAAUUAAGAGAACUCCGGAUUGAAGAAACAAACCGCCCGCUGAAGAAGGUGACUGAUUACUCCUCCUCUAGCGAGGAGUCGGAAAGUAGUGAUGAAGAGGAGGAAGAUGGAGAGAGCGAGGCCCAUGACGGGACAGUGGCUGUCAGUGACAUACCCAGACUGAUACCAACAGGAGCCCCCGGGAGCACCGAGCAGUACAAUGUGGGAAUGGUCGGCACGCACGGGCUGGAGACUUCUCACGCAGACACUUUCGGCAGCAGUAUUUCGAGAGAAGGAACCUUGAUGAUAAGAGAGACGUCUGGAGAGAAGAAGCGGUCUGGCCACAGUGACAGCAAUGGCUUUGCAGGCCACAUCAACCUCCCAGACCUGGUGCAGCAGAGCCAUUCCCCGGCCGGGACACCAACCGAGGGCCUGGGACGCGUCUCCACCCAUCCGCAGGAGAUGGAGUCCGGGACUGAGUAUGGCAUGGGGAGCAGCACAAAGGCCUCCUUCACCCCCUUUGUGGACCCCAGAGUUUACCAGACAUCUCCCACCGAUGAAGAUGAAGAGGAUGAAGAAUCAUCAGCCGCGGGAACCCAGAGGUAUCCAGGGGCCCUGGGAAAAGCUGUUCCUCAGAGAUCUCCAAACUUACCACAUACUUCUCAAAAGCAAUUUCUGGCUCUGUUUACUAGCGAACUUCUUAGGCAAGAACAGGCCAAACUCAACGAAGCAAGAAAGAUUUCAGUGGUAAAUGUAAACCCAACCAACAUUCGACCUCACAGCGACACACCAGAAAUCAGAAAAUACAAGAAACGAUUCAACUCAGAAAUACUUUGUGCAGCUCUCUGGGGUGUAAACCUCCUGGUGGGAACGGAAAAUGGCCUGAUGCUUUUGGACCGAAGCGGGCAAGGCAAAGUCUAUAAUCUGAUCAACCGGAGGCGAUUUCAGCAGAUGGACGUGCUAGAAGGACUGAAUGUCCUGGUGACGAUAUCAGGAAAAAAGAAUAAGCUACGAGUUUACUAUCUUUCAUGGCUAAGAAACAGAAUACUGCACAACGACCCAGAAGUAGAAAAGAAACAAGGCUGGAUCACAGUUGGGGACUUGGAAGGCUGCAUACAUUACAAAGUUGUUAAAUAUGAAAGGAUUAAAUUCCUAGUGAUUGCCUUAAAGAAUGCUGUGGAGAUAUAUGCCUGGGCUCCGAAACCGUAUCAUAAGUUCAUGGCAUUUAAGUCUUUUGCAGAUCUCCAGCACAAGCCACUGCUUGUUGAUCUCACGGUAGAAGAAGGUCAAAGAUUAAAGGUUAUUUUUGGUUCACACACUGGUUUCCAUGUAAUUGAUGUUGAUUCAGGAAACUCUUAUGAUAUCUACAUCCCAUCUCAUAUUCAGGGCAAUAUCACUCCUCAUGCCAUUGUCAUCUUGCCUAAAACAGAUGGAAUGGAAAUGCUUGUUUGCUAUGAGGAUGAGGGGGUGUAUGUAAACACCUAUGGCCGGAUAACUAAGGAUGUGGUGCUCCAAUGGGGAGAAAUGCCCACGUCUGUGGCCUACAUUCAUUCCAAUCAGAUAAUGGGCUGGGGCGAGAAAGCUAUUGAGAUCCGGUCAGUGGAAACAGGACAUUUGGAUGGAGUAUUUAUGCAUAAGCGAGCUCAAAGGUUAAAGUUUCUAUGUGAAAGAAAUGAUAAGGUAUUUUUUGCAUCCGUGCGAUCUGGAGGAAGUAGCCAAGUGUUUUUCAUGACCCUCAACAGAAAUUCCAUGAUGAACUGGUAACAGAAGAGCACUUGGCACUUAUCUUCAUGGCGUUAUUUCUAAUUAAAAAGAACAUAACUCAUGUGGACUUAUGCCAGUCUAGAGGCAGAAUCAGAAGGCUUGGUUGAACAUCCCGCUUUCCCCUUUUCCUCUCUCUCUGCCCGUCCCAGUACAGCCCACAGUCCAUCUUUCAGUGUUGCAGCCUGGUUGAGAAGGAGAGAAAAAGGUGGCAGGAAUUUCCAGGAGAUCCCCAAGAAUGCUGCGUUGUCUGUGGACAGAGAUGGACCAUGGUGCCCUUCGGAGUUAGGGAUAGAAACAAAUAUUGUGUGCUCUUAUGAUUCAGCUGUGUUAUGGUGGAUUUUGAGUUUUGUUUUGUUUUGUUUUGUUACCUUUUUUCUUUACCCCCUUACUUUGUAAGAAUGGGGAGAGAAUGCAUACCGAGAAAACGAGUCUGUUUUUUAAUUCCUUCUGCCUGCUAGCUUUAAGUAUACGAGAUGUUGUAAAAUUUCCAAUUUCAAAUGGUGAGAGACAGCACAAUAAAUGUACCUUAUCUCCUUACACUGAAGGCCAUAAUUGCAUAGUGGGGUAAUUUUAGAACUCUUUUGCCUUCACCAACCCAAAAGGUUGCUUUUUGAUAGCAACUGGCUAAUGAAUUUUUAAGAGAAGAAAAAUACUAGUUUUCUCCUCUUUGGGGAAAUAGAUUUUAAAUGGCUAAACUACUAGCCUUAGACUAAUAAAAUCAACUACCAUUUUUGUGAGUCUGACAGGCCCUGUUUUUAUAUGGCCCUGUACAGAAUGGAAUGUGUGUAACGGGAUAGUAGUGCCAUUGAGUCAAGUUGGCUCUAACGAUUGAGGGACUCCGUAACACAACUUUCCCUCAGCUAUUAUGCAACAGAUCAGGGCAAAAGAUGGGAUGACUGUUGGGGUCAGACAAAAAGAGCUUCUGGGAAACAAGCUAAAAAAAUGUGUGUAUAUAUAUAUAUACAUAUAUAUAUGUAUAUACACACACAUAUAUAUAUACAUAUAUAUGUACACAUUCUUUUUUUUAAUGCAUAAAGCCUCCAGCUAAGAGGUCACUUGCUUUGGGCUUCAUUAGGAGGGAGACUUUGUCGAGUUCUUUCUGGGAAUUGGGGAGUGAAUGACAUCCAAGCCCUGGUCAUUCCCAGCUUUCUCCUGAGGGUGCCACUUUCUGAAAAUGAAAACUAUGACUGAAAAAAAAUAAUAACAAUAAAUGUUUCUGAGCUGCCUGUGUUCUCUCUGGGUUGGUGAGAGAAGGGACAAGACUACCAAGCCUGCCUGAGACACAGCGGGCACCAUUGGUUCAGAGUUGAUAGAACUUAAAAACAAGGCUUUGGCCAAAUUUCUGAGACCCUAAUCAUUUUACCUUCCUCCAAAUUACCCAACAUACGGUAAACAACAUUUGUGCAGAGAUAUGUAUGUAUUUAGUUCAGGUUGACUUGUGUCCUUAUAAACUCUUACUCGGAUGAUUUGAACUUUUACGUGACUGUCUGGGUUUUUUUUUUUUCCAAAGCUACAAGCAUGGCCGCCUGUGGUAUCGAGGUGUUGCAAAACGAUCUGUGUUGCGCUUCCUGUUUUAACCUACCUCGUUUUGUUUGUUUUGUUUCACUGUUCAUCACAGCAGUGUUAUCUCCAGGAGACAUAUAGAGAGCUCAACUGGCAAUCUCAGGUGUAUUUAAUAUUUUUUUAAACAAAACAGUAGUUGACCAAAUUGUUCUUCUGGAAAAAUUAAAAAAAAAAAAUCCAACAACAACAAAAACAAAUGUGGCUUAUUUCUGAAGAAAACAAUUAAUGUAAACAGAUUUUCUUUUUAAAGUCUGUGAUCCUACUGAUUUUGCCUAAAUACAUUAGCAGCUGAUGUACUAUUAAUGAGAACGAAAUACACGUUAGGAAAAUGGAGCCAUCUCAAUCUGGUGGUUUAGGCAAACAGGGUAAGGGCAUGGGGAAUUAUUCCAGUUUCUGAAGUAAAUGAUUCUUCCCCUCCUGUAAAGGUGGUUAUCAUUUGCAUUUAUUCUAAACAGGUAACACACAAGAAUGGAAUUGAGGAUUAUCUUCAGGUGAUCACCAAGAUGUCCUCACCAUGGUCCCUUUAGCUCUCAAAAGCAAUGAAAUCCCCCCUGUUCUCAUUUUUACUGCUGUGGUUCUGCUGCUGAACAAUCUAUCUUCACAAAUUCCAUGCAACAAAUUCAGCAAUAACUUUGUGGAUUGAAUUUAACAACUACUGUAAUUGGAUGCCAACGUGGACAAAAUAUAUUGAUUUGGGUCUCACCCCCAAAUGCGAUUGCCACCAGCUCUUUAUAUUGCUGCUGUGGUAUUUUGAACCAGAAGCUUCUUUAAAUUAUGUUGCAAACUGAUCUUUGUUUUUAUGUUAUGUUUUGUUUUUAUUUCUAAGUGAUGAGUUUGAAACACACAGCUUUAAAUGAUUUUUUUAUUGUGGGAUUUUGGGUACAGUUAAGAAAUAAAAGGGAAUCAUUGUGUUUAAACAUAAGGUAGUUUGUGAAUGUAUUUUUUAAAAUCUAGAGUCAUUGAAACAAAAACUCAUAAAACAAUAUUAAUGCAGUCUUGUUUACAGUAUGUACAGUGACAUAACAUAGAACAUGAGCUUUUUCUGGUGCCAACAACAAUAAAACACAGACGUUAAACAUCAAGCCAUGCCUUCUAUAUUUUUGUACAAAUAUUUUACACUGAGUACAAGGCAAAACUAAAUUUAAAAGGUCCCCUACCAAGGCUGUGUUGCUUAACAGAUACCUAAAUUACUCCUGGAAGCUUUUAUCUUCAAGAAUAUAUUUUCUUCCAUCAGGACAGGCCGUAGCCCUGACCCGUGGAGACCCAGUGUGCCAUGCGGAGUAUUUCAGACUAUUGUUCUCAUGGCUCAUAACAAUCCUCAGCUUUCUGGUUUGUUUUCUUCCCCCUGCCCCGCCCCCGCCUCCUUUUUUGCCCCAUUUUUCCCCUUUUCCCCCUUUUUUCUUUUUUUUGGGGGGGGGGGGUGGAUUGUGCUUUUCAUUCAUGUUAAUUCCAUUUUAAUAAAAAUUUCUUUACUUUUGAAACCAGUUAGUUUCCGUUUUUAGUCUUAGUUCUUCCCGUAGGGGAUUUUGUCAGUAGAAUUGGCUCAUUUUAUUUUUAGUUUACAAAGAGAAACUGAGCCUUCCCCCCAAAGUAAGUUUCACUAGAUCUUUUUGGUUCUUGUUGCUCUAAAUUGAUAAUCAUGCAUAAAUCCACUGAGCCUGCCCGUGUCAUAGUCUUGACCCAGGUUCUAGCAGGUGGCCAUCAUUCUAGGGUGCCAGUCCGGGGAACCGUAGUAUGGAUUCCUGCUUCCAGUGGGUGGUAGAAACAGAUGACCACUAGGAUCUCAGUUCAAAUGGUGAGAGUCCUCCCAAGGCCAGUUGCACUCUGACCACUGCCAGUGCACACAAGAUAAAUGAAGACAGCUUGCACCAAGUUCCACAUAAAAUUUAUGGUUCUGUUUAUAUACACCUCAUGAUUUUUCUUGAAGACUUUUAAACGAUGCUUCAAGACCCAGAGCUGCUUCAUCAGUAUAGAUGAUGGCACAGAUGAAAUCCCACAAGGCCAGUUGGACAGGAAUUCCAUUUUUCUUAACACAAUGGCAUCGCUUUCUAAGGUACACUUCUUACAUACUUGGCAUCCAGCACAUGUUUUUCCAAAGCAUCGUCGUUCCUGAUUGUCAAGACCUACUAACAGUUUUCUGUCUGCUCUUGUGACUCAUCGGUAAUUGGUGUCUCUGGUCCCUCAUGUGCGGUAGAUUAGAAAGAGAUGCGAGAUUCAGGUCAGAGCCCUUUUGGUUUUGUCCGUUGCCAGACAAAGAAGUGCCUGAAGCCUGACCUCCCAUUCCAUGAAGUUAAAAAAAAAUUUUUUUUCUCUACUAUUAUGUGUACCAGUUCCCAUCACUGUAUUCUUGAAAUGUGAAAGAGCUCUUUGUGUUACUGGUGUGUGCUGUCUUUGAAAGUCCGCUUGAACAGGCAUCACUUGCAUUUGUGCUGAUUGCUUUCAGAUGGAAGAUGUGCCACGUUGUUUUUAGGAAAGAAAAUAAAACUCUUUAACCCAAUGGAGGAGAACAGAAUAUCCACAAUACACUGAUAACAAUCCUGAAUCAUCUUAUCAAGCCCCUGAUAUUCCAAAAUCCUUUUCUGAAAGUAUGUUCUGGCCAUCUCAACAGUUUCUAUGAAUUAUUAAUUACCUUUUAAUUCAUGCCUCACAAAUUUCAAUCUCACCGAAUCAAACAAAGCACAACAAACCAAUCUAUAACUGGCUUCUCCCUUGAAACUAUGUAGUCACAACAUAAAACCCAAAAGUCUAAAUGUGAUUUCACUUACCAGCCAAUAUUUCUCAAAUGCCACUACGUUUUGGCUCUGAUCAGCAUAGCGGCAUCAGAAAUCCAAAGGUGUGCUGUGCUUUCAUGGGUCUCAAAACGGUAUAAACUGAGCUCUUUUCAGAAGCCUCAGCAAAGAAGAAAAUCCCUUGAGAACUUUCAGGUUCAAAACCGACCAUUUGUACAUUUCUACUAAGCAUUUUCUAGUGUUGUUUGAUUUUCAUGCCGUCUCAUUCUUGUGGGAAUUUUUCCACAGACGACUAGAAUAUUUUUAAAAAAUUGCAGUGUUAAACAGUAUGAGACCAUAACUCUCUGCUGUGAACUUUAUCCUUCCAGGCCUGCCAUUUCCGGAAGUGCCCGAAUGCACCAAAACUAGAAUCCCCAUAAAAGCAUUUUUUGAAACAAAAAUCCCUGGAUAUGUUUUUGAGAUAUUUUAAAUCUGGAUCAAAAUCUUAGACUCUGUGUCCGUGAGGCCAAACAUUUGGAUGAAGACUGAAAAAACAGACACACACACACACACACAGUUAAAAAUAGAAAUGUUCUAAAGAUUACAGAUUUGGGGCUUUGUGUAGAUACCUUCAAACUAACUCACCUUGCAUGACAGGGUUUGGUUUCGAUGGUUUGUGUUUAUCAUCACGGCGUUGCAUUGUGCUAUUGAGGCAGAGCAAAGGCUCGUGGAGAGGUGAGUCUUCACCUACCAGCAAUGGUUCAUUAUUUACAUGACAACUACCCAUGCCCCAGCUGCCCCUUCCUCUCAGUCUCUUCCCCUGGGGUUAGUGUUAAGGAAUAGUAAUAUUGUAUUAUGCCUUGUUUUAAAACCUUAGUUAUGACCCUGAAUCAGAAUUUCAAAUGUUAGGUGACAGCAAGAAAUCACAGCAGGGGAAAAAAAAAAAUGACAGCUUGGAUGAACUUUAAAAUUGGAUGUUGUGAAACUAUUUUGGGGCGUUGUAGCUGUCUUAUUUACAAUGUCACCAUAACCGUAGAGAUGCCAGAUUUACAGGAUUGGGAAGGGAGACUAUCAUUUUGCUACGCCUACAAAUGUCUACAUGGUUUAAAUCUCCGGUUUUCUAAAGUGUUUUAAAUUGUCAAAAAUAUGCUGAAACUGGGUAAGUCUCACCUGUGUUAGGGUAAAAAAGAAAGUAUUCUUGGUGUAUUUUCUAGUCUGAACCUUUGGGUUACUUUCCAGUAUUUCUUUUCCUACAUACAAAAAGCCUUCAGUUUGUUGUCUCUAGUUGUUCUGAGCAGUAUUUAGAAAUGAUCUGGUAGAUUCUAAGCCAGAGUUUUCCCAUAGAGUCAAUGCCACGCCUUGGAAUAUAUUAUAUGAUCACUGUCAAAAUGUGAGUAAUAAAACAUUAAUAGUA